AUGGUGUUAGCAGAUCUUGGUACUCGUUUGAGAGAUGCGUUAUCCUCAGUGGAGUCUGGCUCUGACCAGGAGAUCCAGUCGAUGAUCAAGGACAUUGUAACCGCCUUGUUGGAAUCAGAUGUUAACAUCAAGUUGGUGGCACGUUUAAGAGACAACAUUAAGAAUCAGAUUAAGGAUUCAGAUGAUAAGAACCCCAGUCACAUCCGUAAGCGGUUACAGAAGAUUGUUUUCGACGAGUUAUGUGAGUUGGUAGACUCACAUCAAGAGCCUCCCCAGCCUAAGAAGUUGAAGAAUAUAAAGCAAAAGGGCCCAGCAAAGCUCAAUUCUUCCGGUAAAAAGAUUACUCCGAAGUCCAACUCGUACGUUAUAAUGUUUGUUGGUUUACAAGGUGCUGGUAAGACAACGUCGUGUACCAAGUUGGCCAACUACUAUAAGAAGAGAGGAUUCACUGUUGGUUUGGUCUGUGCCGAUACGUUCAGAGCUGGUGCCUAUGAUCAGUUGAAACAGAAUGCCAUAAAGGCGCAGAUCCCUUUUUAUGGCUCUUAUUCUGAACAAGAUCCUGUGUGGAUCGCCAGGGAAGGUGUUGAAAGAUUCAAGAAAGAACAGUUUGACAUAAUCAUUGUUGAUACUUCAGGUAGACAUAAACAAGAACAAUCGUUGUUUGAUGAAAUGGUUCAAAUUAGUGAGGCAGUCACUCCACUGCAAACGAUCAUGGUUAUGGACGGAUCUAUAGGUCAAGCAGCAGAGUCUCAAGCUUUGGCAUUCAAAGAAGCGUCCAAUUUCGGGUCUAUUAUCUUGACAAAAAUGGAUGGACACGCUCGUGGUGGUGGUGCUAUAUCUGCCGUUGCUGCCACUAAGACUCCUAUCAUUUUCAUUGGUACUGGUGAACAUAUUGGUGAUUUUGAAGUGUUCAAACCUGCCAGUUUCAUUCUGAAAUUGUUAGGAAUUGGUGAUAUACAAGGGUUAAUGGACCAUGUACGAGGAUUAAACUUACAGAAUGAUGAGAGUCAUAAAAAGUCAAUUGAAAACUUCAAAGAAGGGAAAUUCACUUUGAGAGACUUCCAAACUCAAAUGAACAACUUUUUAAAGAUGGGACCUUUAACUAAUAUUGCAUCGAUGAUUCCUGGUAUGUCUAAUUUCUUAAAUCAAGUUGGUGAAGAAGAAACUUCGUCCAAAAUAAAAAACAUGAUCUACAUUAUGGAUUCUAUGACUGGCAAAGAAUUGGAUUCUGACGGGACAAUCUUCAUCAAAGAACCACUGAGAAUCGUUAGAGUUGCCAGGGGUGCUGGAUGUUCUAGUGUUGAAGUUGAGAUGGUCUUGCAGCAACAAAGAAUGAUGAGCAGUAUGGCCUCCAAUGCCAAGCUGAUGCAAAAUAACCCCAUGGUGAACUCUCCACAAAUGCAACGAAUGAUGCAACAGGCACAACUGAACCCCAACUUUAUGGAACAAGCUAUGAGUAUGUUUGGAGGUGGAGCUGGAGGUGCUGCUGGAGCUGGAGGCACUGCUGGAAGUAACCCACUUUCUUCCAUGAUGAAUAAUCCACAAAUGAUGCAACAAGCACAGCAGAUGAUGAUGAACAACCCACAGAUGAUGCAACAAGCACAACAAAUGAUGCAAAACCCAGGCAUGAUGCAGAAGUUAAUGAGUCAAUUUGGUGGUGGUGCAGGUUUCCCAGGAAUGUAA